UAUCAACCCUUACCUCUAUGGCUCUAUCCCACCUCUUCUUCCUCGGACAACAACACCUGCUCUCACCUCCCGCCAUCAUGUUUUCCGGCAACCGCUCCAGCCGAUACAUCUGACCACCACAUUUUUCGGCAAUCUCUCCGACCACCACGUUUUCUGGUCACCACCUCCUCCAACAAUUGCUCCGGCUACCGUAUCCACCACCUCUUCUAGUAACCGCUCUGAUUACUACUUUCGGUCACCACCUUCUCCGGUCGCCGGCCAUCACUAUCCCCAAUCACCAUAUCAUCAACAAUAAAAUGGUAAUUCUCUUUAUCCGGCCCUCAUCUUAUUUUCCUAAUUUUUUUAUAAUAAUGUACUAUAUUCUCAAUUAAAUUUUGAAUUUGGUUAUUGGACAAAAUGGUGCUAAUGUAAAACAAAGUUUUUUUUGGUUAAAUAAAACUUAAACCAAAAUUUGGUUUAACCUCUCUCACUAAUGCCCAAAUCUCCUCCGCCAUGGCUGAGAACUUCUGAGGAAAGAUGAGCUAAAAGACCACAGCCAUGGCUACGACUUCACCCAACAAACUCUCACUCUUCCCUCUACUCUCCCUUCUCUGUUUUAUCUCCAUUUUCUUCCUCCUCUCUCUUUCCCGUCGCGCUUCUCUCUCCUCUCCCAACACUCACCGCUCCGCCGCCGUCAUCACCCCAAGAUCCGACGACGCUUCCCGCACUGCUGUCUCCUCCACUUGCGACUUCUCCGACGGCUCAUGGAUCUACGAUUCCAACUUCAGAUCCGCUAGGUACGAUAGUAGUUGUAAAGAGAUCUUCAAAGGAUGGAACUGCGUUCGGAACAACAAAACCAAUGGCCUUGAGAUCUCUAAGUGGCGUUGGAAGCCUAAGGACUGUGAUCUUCCUUCGUUUGAUCCACUCGAGUUUCUUGAGACUCAUCGAAAUACCAACAUUGGAUUUGUGGGUGAUUCCUUGAAUAGGAACAUGUUUGUAUCACUAUUUUGUAUGUUAAAGAGUGUGAAGGGUGAACUGAAGAAGUGGCGACCAGUGGGUGCAGAUCGUGGAUUCACAUUUUUGCAGUAUAAUCUGACCAUUGCGUAUCAUCGAACAAAUCUCUUGGCACGUUAUGGUAGGUGGCCAGCUAAUGCUAAUGGUGGUGAGCUAGAAUCACUUGGAUUUAAAGAGGGGUAUAGAAUUGAUGUUGAUAUUCCAGACAGCUCAUGGGUAAAGGCUUCAAGCUUCCAUGACAUUCUCAUUUUGAACACUGGGCACUGGUGGUGGGCGCCAUCAAAAUUUGAUCCUUCAAAAUCUCCUAUGCUUUUCUUUGAAGGCGGCCGGCCAAUACUCCCACCUAUAAAUCCUUCUGCUGGCCUGGAUAGGGUUCUAAACCAUAUGGUAAAUUUUGUGGAGAAAACAAAGCGACCUGGAGGAAUCAUAUUCUUCCGGACACAAUCACCUAGGCACUUUGAAGGAGGUGACUGGGACCAAGGUGGUACUUGUCAACGACUGCAACCUUUGUCACCUGGAAAAGUUGAAGAAUUGUUCUCGGUGAGAAACAACGGGACAAAUGUAGAGGUUCGUCUGGUGAAUCAACACCUCCAUAACUCCCUUGAGAGUAGAAGCAGCUUCCACGUUUUGGACAUAACUCGAAUGAGUGAGUACAGAGCCGAUGCUCAUCCGGCAGCAGCUGGUGGUAAGAAUCACGAUGAUUGCAUGCAUUGGUGCCUUCCGGGCAUCACCGACACUUGGAAUGAUUUAUUCGUCGCAACUCUCCAUGGGAUCAAAGCUUAGUAAUCAAAAUAACAUGCUUUGAUUUGUUGGGUCUAGCGUCAUUGUCAUACUCAUGUAAAUUUUGAUGUUGUCUUCUGCAUUUUUUUUUGUAUUUUUUUGGCCUACAGUUAACAAAAAAUUUAUGGGCUCAAAAAAGUUUCUUAGGUUUGUAAUAAACAUGAUCAUAUCAUGUUGCAUCUCACUGUUACAGAGAAAUUGCAACUCAAUUAGAAAUCCAAAUCACAAGCA